CAAGAGUUUGUACGCAACUUACUAAAGCUUCGGAAUCCAACCAGCCAUUCGGCGUCACAACGAAAGUGGCUUUGGGAAAUCUGACAGACUGAUAUUUCGUAUUCUCUCCCAUGGGAAUAAAAUCGCCACUGGAAUCAUGAGGACGAGUACUUGGUGUUGUUGUCGACCCGGUGUAUUGGUUGCUAUAGUGUUAGCCACGUGCUUAUUGGUAUCCAUUCGAGAAAACAACAUUUCAGAGAAAACUAUGAGGAUUAUUCGGACUGCUUUGAAGAACUUCCGGCGUUAUUUGACAAUAGCCAGGCAACAAUCAAGCGGUUCUAAUUCGUUUGACAAAACCUCGUCGGACAAUAUAAAUACGCUUAAUAGUUAUAACUGUGCAAAAACACAAAAAAAUGAACACGAGAUUGUGAAUAUGGCUCCACUGGCAACUCUUAUCAACGCCAGGGCAAAAGUUGCUGAGAGCUUCAAACUCAUAAUAAUUUUAGCCUACAUGCACACCGGUUCCACUUACAUUGGAAACCUACUGAGUCAACAUCCGGGCACUUUUUACCAGUACGAGGCGCUGAGAAACCUCCAGAUGGCGACAAUGGCAGCUGGUCGCGUGCGGUAUCUCAACGGGACGGUUGUAUGGUUGAAACAAUGCGAGCAUAUUGACUACCAAUUGGCGGCAGAAGCAUUGGGUCACAUGACAUCGUGUCGUCACGAACGACUUGAUGUUCUGACACUGGCGGCGAACUUACAGCCCUUACGGAAAAUCUUCAACAAGGAUGUGGAGGCUUAUUUUCGAUGCGUAGAUCCCAUCCAACGUAUGGGACGAAGGGCACAAGCCCUCUUUAAGCGUAGGAAGUCCCCUAUCGAGUUCAUCAGAACCGAACGAAUAGAACGGUGUAUUCCCCUGCUUACAAAUAAGUGCAAACAAGCUAAAUUCCGAAUAUGGAAAUUUAUAAGAUUAACUAUGAAUUGUUUCUGA